GUUAAGACAGGGAAAUUUAAAUGUAAUACAAUUUUAUUUAUGCAUUUCUGUUAAAGGCUUUUGCGAAGUGUACAGAGAUAUAAUGGUGGCCGGCAGUUGUGUAUCAUUCAUUAGUGCAUUUUGGAUUUCUUGUACACUCACUGUCUCAAAAUGUAAUGGAUUGAAGCCAGAUUAUACAGCUUGUGAUGUUGCUGAUCUGAAGAAUGGUAAUCUUGUCCGUUGUUACGAUAAAGACAGUAUCCCUGUGACAUUUGACUCUUAUGUCCCGGAUGGGUCGUUAUGUGACAUCAUAAAUUCAGAUAAGGCAACUAAAGUGAGCGUCACAUGUGAUGAGGGACAGUGGAAUGACUCAUUCCUUACAUAUUCUACAAAAGCAAAUGAUUCUAGCAACGGUCGUCUUUUACGACAUAAACGCUUCUUAGGCUUUAUUGUUAAAUCAUUCAAAUGCUUGUUUGGAGGAUGUUCGAGACGUUCUAGACCUCGAGACAAUACACAGCCUAGCUUAACAUGUCCUCAAAACAUACAAGUAAAUGCUGAAAAACUACAAACAUGGAAAGUUGUAUCCUGGCAUGAACCGACAGCACACGAUGAUAGAGACGGACAUAUCACGCCAACAAGAGAGGGUAAAGCAUCCGGAAGCUACUUUAGUGCUGGAGUUACAACUAUCGGAUAUUAUGCCAGGGAUAAAAGUGGAAAUAUGGCUCGAUGUACCUUUACAGUUACCGUUACGGUUUUACGUUGCCCGACCCCUUAUAAAAUUAACAAUGGAUACAUCAUAUGUCAUCCAAGUGAUGAGUAUCUAUAUGGAGCGACUUGUUUCUUUGGAUGCUACCCUGGAUUUAGUCUAGAGGGAAAUUCGCAUCUGGAAUGCUUAGAAAACAAACUUUGGAACUAUAAUUUUCCACAUUGCAAAAAGAGGACUUGUCCAACACUUUUACCCGCUGUAGGCAUCCUCAAUUAUACUUGUACAGAUAGUAACAAUUUUCGCAGUAUAUGCACUUAUUCUUGCGCAAACGGGUUUGAUAUAACUCCAGGAAUGUCACGUGUUAGAAUCUGUACAGCUUAUGGGUUUUGGAGGGGAGAGGAGCCAACCUGCAAAGAUGUUGAUCCCCCAAAAUUGAUUGGUUGUUUACACACUAUAUAUGCUUUUGCGGACAGAAACUCAACAACUGGUGUCGUAACAUGGAAAGAGCCUACCGCCUCAGACAACUAUGAUAUAAGUGUUAGUAUUGUGAAGGAGGGAAGUGUAUCACCAGGGGACGAGCUGUUAGCAGGAAACUACAAGAUAGUGUACAAAGCCACUGAUGCUGCUGGAAACAAAGCUCCGAGCUGUGUGACUCACAUCGUCUUAAGGGUACUGACAUGUCCUGCUGUGUAUCCUACGCCUUUUCUAAGUGUUACUUGUCCAUGGGGGACGAAAUAUGGUAGUCAGUGCGAAUUUAACUGUGACCCUGGAUCAGUGCGCAACGGAUCAAGAAUUGUCGUUUGUGAAAAGAGCAAGAGUGGUAACUUUGGUUACUGGACUUGGAAUGACAGGCAGCCAUUUUGCCAAGUUACUCAGCAUUGUUAUGAGGAACCAAAUGUCCCUCAGAAUGGCGCCCUUGCUUGUGAUUAUUGGUAUGGUGGCAAAUUUUGCCAAAUGCUUUGCAAUGAUGAUUAUGACGUCAAAAUUGGUUAUAAUCCUGUUGAUAUGCUUGUUUGUGGCACCAGUGGACAAUGGCUACCAUCUGGAUCACUUCCUCUCCCGGAUUGCGCAAGAACAGGAGGGAUUCUUCGAAUGUCAAUCUCAUAUUACUUUUCCGGUGACUGCACAAAUUUGACUGUUCAAGAGGAGAUAAAGAGAAAAUUCAUUUCCACGUUGUCAUCGUCCUUAUACAAAGAUGCAUGUUUGAUACAUGCUAAAGAUUGUAAAGCGGAAAAUGUUCGGGUGAUUUGUGGUCAAAAAGUACGAAGGAAGCGUUCUAGUGGUGGGGAUUUGCAGAUUGACAUUGAUAUUUUUGCAGAAUUUGAUAAUGCAAUAUUUACUGAAUCAUUCAAAAUGUUUCGACGUCACCAAUCUGAUAUUACUGGCAAGAUUAUCGAAGCUAUGCUUGCAGGAACAUUGGACUUUAAUGCUAGUAUUCAUGGUUAUAUGGAGGCCAAAGAUGUAGAAAAUUUUGACGUUGUUUUGGAAUGCCCAGAAAAUACAAUACCGUCCUACAGGACUACAUCGUGUGUUGAAUGUGCAGCUGGCACAUUUUUUAAUGAACAAAACGCAACCUGUGAAAUGUGUCCUCGUGGUACGUAUCAGCCAACUACUGGACAAGCACAUUGCUUGCGAUGUCCAUUGGGUCAAACAACGAAGACAAAAGGUGGCAAACUUUCAUCGCAAUGUGAAGACGGAUGUCGUCCAGGAUCUUGGUCAGUGAGUGGAACACCUACAUGCUCUCUUUGUGCAGUUGGGACCUUUAGCACGGAUUAUGGUUCUGUACAGUGUAUAAGCUGUCCAGGAUCUACGACUACUAUAAACGAGGGUGCUAGCAGUAUUUCUCAUUGUCAAGAUUACGAUUUACGCUUGACGGAAGCUGAAAGUGAAGCAUCGAUAAACUUCAUUGCUGAAAAUCCCAAGGCCGUCCUUAUAUCAUUCUGUUUACAAAAAGAAAUUUCCCAUAGCGACCAGUUUCGCCUUGGUUUGAAGAGUGACGAUGUAAACAUGACAAUAUUUUUUAUCGCCAUUGGCUCUGAGAUUAUCAUUGGGAAUGAAAAAGAAAUGAAAAUGACAAAUAUCAGUCUUCAAGAUGAAAGAUGGCAUUUCUACGCAAUAAAACAAGAUGAUGAUUUGACAGAACUUUAUGUGGACGGGAAGUUAGAAACAGAAUUGAAAAUUUUUACAUUUAAUUAUUCUGAAAAUAUUACAUUGACUUUUAAAGGAAAGGGGACACUUUCAAGGUUAAAUAUUUGGAAAGACAAUUCUACCUUUUCCCAAAAGAUACUCAACUCAAUCCAAAAAUGUAAGUUUGCUAAAACUGGAGAUCUAGUGAACUGGAAAGACUUUGAAUUUACCAUGAGCGACAAUGUCUUUAAACAAACUCCAAGUGAAUGUGAUGAUGUGAAUGACUGUGCAUCUCAGCCAUGUUUGAAUGGUGAAUGUAUCGAUCUCCUCCAUGGAUACGAAUGUCGGUGUAUUUACGGCUUUUCUGGUGCCAGAUGUGAAGAAAACAUAGAUGACUGCGCCUACCAUGCAUGCGAAAAUAACGCAACUUGUGUAGAUGGUGCAGCAAAUUACACCUGUGAAUGUGAGAAGGGAUAUAAAGGAGAGCUUUGUGAAAUAGCAAUUGUUGAUGGAUUAUGGGGAGAAUGGGGUUUCUGGUCAUCAUGUAGUGUAUCUUGUGGGAAUGGGACCCAGCAGAGAUCAAGAGUUUGCAACAAUCCUGUCCCUGAUAAUGGGGGAAUGGAUUGCCACGAUAGCAGCACAGAAAAGAAGAGUUGUAAUGAAAGAAAAUGUCCUGAAUGUAGUACAUUAGAACGGCUUGAGAACGUAAUAUGGACGUGUAAUAACGACAGCCAGAACAUAAACUGUACUAUUGAAUGUGCCGCUGGAUAUGAUUUUGACCAUGAAAUAAAACCUUACUACUUGUGUGGAAAAGAUACGUUCUAUCAUUGGGAUUUUCAGACGGAUGAUAACCCAGAUGGGAAAAUGCCUUAUUGCUCAGAAAUUCAAGAGAGUAAACUUCUCCGGGUAUUCUAUAAAGCGUCAUACAACCAAUUAGAAUGUGACGGUGGGAACAAAUACACAUCUGUACACAGAGAAAUCGCCGAAACUGCUCAACUUGCAAUAAACAAUAUUGAAUGCAUUUCUAUCGGACUUUGUCAACUAGACCAGGUUAUUGUCACAAACUGUAAUCAGCGACAAAAGAGAUCCACCAUUGCAAACACCGCAGGAGUAGAUGUGUCUUUGUCUUGUUACCCUGCUAUCCACGGCAAUGAAAUCUGCUAUCAAAGCCUAUAUACUGCAGUAAAUGACUUACAAUUAUUGGCAAUGAAUCACACGCUUGAUGUUAAUAUAGACGAUAUUAUAUAUGAAAUUAACACAACCAGUGCUCAAGCUGAAAGUGAUGUAGCAUGUCCAACUGGAAUGGUGCCAGUCAAGUUCUAUUGCAUCCAAUGUGCUCCUGGUCGCUAUUACAAGAAAAACGAAUGUGUGAAAUGUGACUUUGGAACAUACCAGGAUCGAAUGGGGCAGCUUUCUUGUAAAGAAUGUCCAAAUGAAACGACAACUCCAGGAAGAGGGUCGCGCAUAGCGACGGAAUGCUCUGUCAAACUCGAAACCAAAAGUCAAACGUCCACUCUGAUCAUUACUGGAGUUUUGGUAUCCAUUGUUCUACUUAGUAUUGUUGUAGUGUCUGCUGUAAUUUGGAGGAAAUGUUUAGGCCGGUCACAUAAACAGAAAUACAGCUUAUCUUCUGAGUUAAAUGUUGAUACAAGAGAGCGAAACGUCGCAUUGAAAACAUCCAUUGACAGUUUGCAAUUAUCACAAGUACAGACUGGCAAUAUAUUGCAAGAAAAUUCAUCGAUAUAAAUAAGAGCCUCUGUUGAAGAAAAACAAUGAGAUUAGCGUGAAAGAAAACCGAAUAUAAUGAUUUAACGAGAACACAUGUAUACCUGAAUUGUUUAAUAUAACAAAUUUUAUUAUUAGGCGUUUUAAAUUUGCGCUAGAGAGUCAUUAAAAAACCCAAUUAAUAAUA